AACGAGAGUACCAAGCUCGCGAGCGGGAAACCCGCAGAAAAAAAGCGGAAAAGAAGGGCGCGAGCUCUGUGCUGCGUGUAAACCAACUCGAUAGCCGGAGCGCCGCCAUCCACGAAAGAAAGCUGGCGCGCCGGUUACGGUCUUUCGCUCGGGCGGGUCGUGUUCGGAGGAUCGCGACGACGAAGGCAGCUGAGCGAUCUCGGAAGUGGAGAAGCGAGCAGAAGAAGAAGCUAAGGGUGGGGGGUUGUUGUCUCUUUAUUUUGUGUUUCUCGAUCUAUAGCCUCUGAGGUGUAUCGAAGUAAGCAGGCAAGAGGAGACGACAGCCCUCGGCCGUUUUCUAACAAAAAAAGCAGAAAAG